UCAUUUCCUUACUUUGCAUGACUCCAAAGUCCUCUCUAUUUUCUCUCCAUCUUUCUCUCUGGGUUUCUCUCUUUUUCUCACUACUACUGUUUAUCACUCUAGCUGGGGGUUGGGUCUUUGAUUUGCAUGGAUGGAUGCCUCAAGUGCACAACGCCAGGAAAUGGAUACCCAGUCACUAGAAAGCAUGUUGGUUUGCUCAAAAGCACAGCAGGAGAGGAAACCAAGGCCACCAGAACAAGCUCUAAAAUGCCCAAGAUGUGAUUCCACCAAUACCAAGUUCUGUUACUACAACAACUACAGUCUGUCUCAGCCAAGGUACUUCUGCAAGUCAUGCAGGAGGUACUGGACCAAAGGAGGAACCCUAAGGAAUGUUCCUGUUGGGGGAGGGUGCAGGAAGAACAAGAGAUCAUCAUCGUCUUCAUCAUCCAAAAGGACCCAAGAUCAACCACUCACAACCAAUCCCAAUCCACUCAAUGUUCUCCCACCCCUAACUUAUGACUCCAAUGACCUCACCCUUGCAUUUGCUAGGCUCCAGAAACAAACUGGUGGGCAGUUAGGGUAUGAUGAUCAUCAUCAUGAUCUUGCUCUUAUGGGGAACCCUAACAAUACCCAUUGUGAUGUUCUUGGAAACCAGUGUGUCAACACUUGUGGAACUACUACUCCUGGCCUUCUUGAUGCUCUGAGGACCAACUUUCUAGAAACCCCAUCUGGGUAUCAUAAUCUGUAUUAUGGGUUUGGUAAUGGAGGCAUGGGAGGAGAGGUGGAAAAUGGUGGAGUUGGUGGUGAGCAUAUGGUUCUGCCAUAUGAAGAAAUGAGUGGUGCAACUACUACAGCAGUGACAGUAACCACAAUGAAGCAAGAGUUGUGCCAUGGGAGGGAAGGUGAGAAUAGGGUUCUGUGGGGGUUUCCAUGGCAGCAGCUCAACCCAGAUGGGAGCAUGGGUGAAGUUGAUUCAGGAAGAGAGAGCUGGAAUGGACUUGCUUCAUCCUGGCAUGGGCUUCUCAACAGUCCUCUCAUGUGAGAUCUUGGAAGCCAGCUAGCUUCUUGUUUGCAAGAAAGAGAGAAGAGGAAUAUGGCUAGAGAGAGUUGCUUUCUCUUUUCAGACUCCAAUCUGAAUUUAAUUAAUCCUUGAGAGUUUUGUAUGAAGAGUACUUCAGUACUUGAUGUUUUUUCUUCUCCUCUUUUUUGUUUCUUUCAAACCUAGUGAUAAACUAAUGAAAUUUCACAUUUGUCUUCUAACCCA